UUGGGUUCCAUUGGGCGUUAUGCCAAACUUCAAAAGCGGAGGGACCCACUGGCCAGCUAUCCGCCCGAAUUCCGAGCUAAACUGAAGGAGUGGCCUAAACUACUUCAGGCUGAAAUCGACGAGGGAGUAUCUCAUUUGAAAGAACUGCGGGAAGUCAGUGAUCUACCCGCUUUGGAAGACCGUGGUCUUUUGCUAGGUAAUCUUCGAUUAUUAUCGGAUGACCUGCAUCCGAUCACAGGACGUACGGUAACUUUGAAAAGGAUCCCCUCCGCGAACGGAUCUGAUCGUUCCAAGAUUUUCCGUGCAGGGGCUCCCGUUACUAUUCGUGAUGGGAAGACGUUGAGGGAAAUUGCGGAAUGUGUAAUGCUGACGUCGAAUCGGAAAGAGAUCAAGGUCAAGAUUCGUCCUUCAAGUGCAUCGAGACAUCUGAAUGGCGACACGGACUACAUCCUCACAAUGUCUCAGUCAAGCGGUGCUCUUCAUUCCGUGCAAGACUUCUUUCUGCAAAACAAAGUGGUCGACACUCCUGGUGUAGAUCUUUUGGCAUACGCUUUCAGAGCGAAGAACAUGCCAUCAGUACAUAAUGAUAGAAUGAUUGCGGACCUUUCUGGUGAGUUGAACGAUAGUCAACGUCGAGCCGUUUGCGCAGCGUUGAACAAAAGGCGGCCAUUUGUAACCAUACAAGGACCACCAGGUACUGGGAAAACGCGUGUAGUGGCUGAAAUAGUUCGGCAGUUGUUCCACAGAAAGCAAAAGACUCUUGUGUGUGCUCCAUCCAAUGUGGCGGUUGACAAAGUUAUGUCAGAAGUCCUCAAAUUGUUCGAGAGUGAGCAAAUCGACGAUGAUUUAUCAAGUGACAAAAAACGUGACAUGAUUUCUGAUGCGGAAACGAUCGAGGAUGCCAUCACUUCCAACGAAAAUUAUCCCGAACUUUGUGACAUGUUUGACAAGAUGAAUAGCUCAACAGACCAAGGUGAUCGAGGCAAGUUGAAGAGCGAAGCAAACAAACUAAAAUGGAAAAUCAUCAAGGAGUCUUACAAAAGGCGCCUUGCCAUUUUCUGCACGUUGACCUCGUCAGCCAUUCAACGAUUGUCGCAGGUGAAUUGGCAUCCGGAUGUAAUAAUCAUAGACGAAGCGGCGCAGGCGUCGGAACCUGUCGCUUGGGCUGCUGUUGUUCAGGCCAAGCGCUGCAUUCUAGCUGGUGAUCAUGCACAGCUUCCCUCAACGAUCCUAUCUCAGGCUGCACGCAAAGGAAAUCUUGAUGUCUCUCUCAUGGAAAGGCUUGCGAAUGAGUUUUUCAAUACAAAUAUCAAUCAACUGUUAACAGUUCAAUACAGAAUGAACGAGAAGAUCAUGCAGUGGUCCUCCAGAGAGUUUUAUGAGUCAAGACUCGUGGCUGCCGAAGAAGUAUCAAAAAUCACUUUGAGUGACAUAUCCUACAUCUCGAAGGAUUCGCUGUUGAAUAAUCCCCUUAUCAUGAUAGAUACUGAUCUCGAGAAAGAUAGAGGAGGUCACCUGUACAGAGAGUUGUCCUCUCAGAUGUCAUACAAGAAUCCAGGUGAGGCGGCCCUGGUGAUCCGCUAUGUUGAUGCUUUGAAGUCAAUAGGACUCCCAGGAAAGGAAAUAGCCGUCAUUUCCCCCUAUUAUGCACAGGUAGCGGCAAUUCGUGAUAUUAUCAAUGCACUUGAUGUGUCCGUCAACACAGUAGACUCAUUCCAAGGGCAAGAACGAGAAGUGGUGGUAUUCAGUAUGGUUCGACAUAACCCUGAGCAGGUUAUCGGAUUUCUGCGAAACGAACGCCGUUUAAACGUAGCGAUUACACGAGCAAAACGGCAGUUCGUUCUGAUCGGUAGCGCUCGUAUGAUGAAGAAGAACCGCCAUUUACGUUCACUUUUGAGGAGUAAUGAGAGCUUCAUUCAAAUGCGUUUAAUUUGUUGUGUUGCAGAGGUUAUCGGAUUUCUGCGAAACGAACGCCGUUUAAACGUAGCGAUUACACGAGCAAAACGGCAGUUCGUUCUGAUCGGUAGCGCUCGUAUGAUGAAGAAGAACCGCCAUUUACGUUCACUUUUGAGCACCAUACAAACUUGUGGAAAGGUAUACGGGCCGGAAAUGAUGCACACAUUUGAAAAAGAGGUCUCAACGUUGCCUACGAUUCCCGAUAAGAGAAAAGCUGUCGUUCAGCCUUAA